UGGGCGUGUUCACACGUAUCAGGAAACCGCGAUAUCGUGGAAAGAACUAUGACAAGAAACGGGCAAAAACGAAAGAAACCACAAACAUAGCCACGUUGGCCAUUCGUCUAUCAGUUAGCCAUUUCCCAGCUAAUUAGAACCUGGUUGCUCUUGUCACGUCUAUUGUGCCUUUGUGCCAGAUCAUCGUAGAAAGUGUCGAAUAAAAAUGACGAAAAACAGUGUACCGCUUCCAAGUCCGAAGGAAGUUUUCGUUUAGUGGAAUCGUCUUAAAAAUAUUCACGGGUUGUCGAUUUGGUAAAAAAAUUGUGUCCAGGUGCCUUUGUGUGGCUCGUUUUAAUUCCGACAGGACAUUUGUCAUUUAUUUUUGAAUCGAAGGUCAGCAAAAUUAUGAAAAAUAAUUGCACCUGUGUUUUCCCGUUAUUCUGAGAAAAAGAUUCUCGUAGAAUCUCGUAGAAAAGUCUUCGUAAUUUAUUUUUCGAUCGAAAAUUAUCGGGAAAAGUGGUACUUCGUAUAUUUUCUAUCAAGGGAAAUUGGAAAAGAAUUUCCAUCGAAAUUCGCAUUUUCCACAAUUUUGGAAUUUCAAAGUAGUCGGAUCCAGACUAUCGAACGUACCGCCGGGAAAAAUUCAAUUCUGGAAAAAUUGGUUGCUGGAAAAUGGCAGACGAAGGGUUGAAGGGUCAAACAGAGAAGUCAACGAAAAAUAGCAGGCCACCUGUCAAGGACUCCGUGUUGGAACUGAGGACGAGGAUGACUCGGCUGAUGUCCAUCGUCGAUAUUACCCCGCACAACAAACUUCCGAUGGCGGGCCAGGAUCCAAAGUUUCAGAAGGAGGCCGCGGACCAGAACUUCGACUACAUGUUCAAGUUGCUGAUCAUCGGCAACUCGUCGGUAGGCAAAACGUCCUUUUUGUUCCGCUACGCGGACGAUUCCUUCACCUCGGCCUUCGUAUCGACCGUGGGCAUCGAUUUUAAGGUGAAAACGGUCUUCAGACACGACAAAAGGGUCAAGCUACAGAUCUGGGAUACCGCAGGUCAGGAAAGAUACAGGACGAUAACGACGGCCUACUACAGAGGCGCGAUGGGCUUCAUCCUAAUGUACGACAUCACAAACGAGGAGUCGUUCAAUUCGGUGCAGGACUGGGUCACACAGAUCAAAACUUAUUCGUGUGACAACGCUCAGGUUAUCCUGGUUGGCAACAAGUGCGACAUGGAGGACGAAAGGGUGAUAACUACUGAAAGGGGCAAGCAAUUGGCGGACCAAUUAGGCGUCCAAUUUUUUGAGACAUCGGCUAAAGAAAACAUCAACAUCAAGACGGUAUUCGAGCAGCUGGUGGACAUAAUAUGCGACAAGAUGAGCGAAUCCUUGGACAAUGAUCCGACCUUGCUGGCGGGUGGAAUGGGUCAGGCGAAGGGUCAACGACUCACCGAUCAGCCGACCAAUCCAACGGACGACAAUUGUAAUUGCUAAGAACAUGGACGCCCAUCUAAUUGCUUUGCAAGCAUAAUAAGAAGGAUAAGAAUGAGUAAGAAGAAAACCAAGAAGAAGGAGAUGAAGAUGAAGAUGAAGAUGAAGAAGGGAAAAGAUGAAGAAAUAUUAGAAGAAAAACGAGUGUAUGCCUGUAUAUGUAUGUGUGAACGUUUGUGCACGUGGUCUUGUGUGUAUGAUGAGUGUGUAGCUAUGCGUGUGAGUGUGUAGCUAUGCGGGAAAAGAGCAAGUGAGAGAGAGAGAAAGAGAGGAGGAGGAAGGUCAAGUGAUAAACGCUGGCUCUAGUUCACUUUGUUCAUCGUUCCUUUGACCUAUGUUUCCGGCCGUUCUUCGUUCUGCUCUUUUUCUUUCCUCCUUUCUCGAUCGAUAUAUUUAUAUAUGUGCACAUAAAUAAUGUAUAUGCACAGGGCGAACCGUGCUACUCCAUUUGACGAACAUUGCUUCCCGUGUUGAUAAAACGAUCGUUGAGAAUCCGAAGCAGACAUUUGGUAAAUUUCGAAUUAGAGAAACGCCGAGUCGUUCAGACCUAACCUAUCUUUUGUCAUUGCACCGAUUUCGGCAUACUGUUCUUUGGGAUAAUUUGGAACAAUCGCCUUGAUCUUGUCUCUAAUCUAUCCUUUGUUAUUACAACAAUUUGGGAAUUAAAAAACUAUUGGAAAUUAA